GUCCUAACGGUAUCGCGCAGGAGCAACCUGCUUUCCUCUUGAAACCGUGAGGGGAUCUCUUCAGCGUUGGGGAGGCAGCGCCCAAGAGCCUGUUUCUUUUUCCUUUUGCGGGGGGGGGGGGGGGUCAACUGAAGCAGCUUCUUGGUUAUUCAUGAGGAAGGGCCCACACUAAGGGGGCCUUACCUAUGGCACAGUAACCAAGGGUUAUGAGACAGGUGCAAGCUGACAUGAACUGGUUAGCCUGAAGGCAGUAAGGCUGCUGGGUUGCAGUUGACGGACAACCGGCUACGCCAAGCUGGCCUGGCAUAGUAGUGGUCUAGUAUAGGGGUGUGCCAGGGUGAGCAUGGUAGGUCAACAGCUGCAGACAGUCUUUGUUUGUGCCAAAGAGUUAGCAUGGCAGACAGAAAAGUGGCUAUUUUGCAUGACUUAUAGGAAGAGGUUUCUUCCAAGAAGUCUGCCCAAUUAUCUGUGAAAUUUCAGUUUGCCUCCCCCCCCCCCCCUCCAUGUGCAGUAACUUGCAACUAGAAAAGUGUUAGGUACUCUGGCCUCUUCAGGACUUGGUGGCCAUUUCUGGCAAUAAAUGAGGCAGCAAUUCACAGUAUGUGUAGGAAGAAGACUCAGAAUAAGGAGAGAGACUGAAUGUGGGUUUUGACACGUGAAUUGGGUGUUGUUGCUAGCCCAUCUGAGUUCAGCCAGAGCAUAACAAAAGGGGUAUCUUGAGCUGAUAGGAACGAUUAAUUCUAGCCUUUAGGACACAUUCUAAAAGGAACUCAACCAAUUGUGCUUUCUCAGUGAUGUCAGACCACAGUGAACGGGGUCUAAAAUAUAUGUGGAAAGAAUAUUGCCUCAUUUUGUCAACACAGUGAUGAUUAAUUCUGAAGAAGUUCUUCGCAGUAAGAAUAUUUGGUUCCAGAUUCAAGCUAGAGGCACCUUGCAAUGAGCAGGUGCUUUCUUCAAACGAAGUGUGAAAGAACAGUGAGCCAGGCUAGGUUGUCUUUAAUAAGAGUCACUUCAGGAUGAAGUGGAUGUGCCAUUGUUCUGCCAACCUGGCUAUUGAUAAUUUUGUCGCACAGUAAGCAACUGUAGAUAGAUAAGAGUGAUUUGGGGGGAAGAAACCAGGCAGACAUCAGAUUGAUGUAUGAUCCUUUAACCUUUAAAAGAGGUGUGAUAGAAGGAUGAUUUAAUGAGAAUUGCACGUCAGGAAGGGAUUUCAAAGGAUUGCAUGAAAAACACGUAAUAGGUUAAUAUUAAGUAUUUAGAAAAGAAUGUCAAAUCGCCACAUGUCUCCAGCAAAUGAUAGGCGGCCGUUUCUGUGGGGCAUGAGUAACAUGGGCUCCCCCACCAACGAACCUUGGCCAACAACACGACUGCCAUUUCUUGAGGCUGACCUGCGGCUGCAAUCGAUGUGUGGGGACUCGAUGCAGCAGCCUGUUCGGCGCAGCCUCCCUCGGCUCAGGCUGUUGCCUCCACCGCCUCCUUUGCCGUUGUCUUUGCCGGCGUAUCCGCCGAUCGAUGCUAUCGGGUCUCCAGCUGCCAUUUUAAGCGAGGAGAGACCCCGGCCGAGAGACGGACUAACUGUUGGAAGACAGCCUUCACUCACAAUGUAUAGACCAAAAGUAAGCCUGAAGGACAGGCAACAACUUUACAAACUUAUUAUUAGUCAAUUACUGUAUGAUGGAUACAUCAACAUUGCUAAUGGUUUAAUAAAUGAGGUAAAGCCACAGUCUGUCUGUGCACCGUCUGAGCAGCUGUUGCAUCUUAUUAAACUGGGAAUGGAGAAUGAUGACAGUGCAGUUCAGUACGCCAUUGGGCGCUCAGACACUGUUGCUCCAGGCACAGGCAUUGACUUGGAAUUUGAUGCAGAUGUUCAGACGAUGUCCCCAGAGGCUUCUGAAUAUGAAACAUGUUAUGUCACAUCUCACAAAGGGCCAUGUCGCGUAGCUACAUAUAGCAGAGAUGGACAGCUGAUAGCUACAGGAUCAGCUGACGCUUCAAUAAAAAUACUUGAUACAGAGAGAAUGUUGGCAAAGAGCGCUAUGCCUAUUGAGGUCAUGAUGAAUGAAACUGCACAGCAGAACAUGGAAAACCAUCCUGUUAUUAGAACUCUUUAUGAUCAUGUGGACGAAGUGACAUGUUUGGCUUUUCAUCCAACAGAACAGAUCCUUGCUUCUGGAUCAAGGGAUUAUACACUUAAAUUGUUUGAUUACUCAAAACCAUCUGCUAAAAGAGCCUUCAAAUACAUCCAGGAAGCAGAAAUGCUACGUUCUAUCUCUUUCCAUCCUUCUGGAGACUUCAUACUUGUUGGUACCCAGCAUCCUACCUUGCGACUAUAUGACGUCAAUACUUUCCAGUGUUUUGUAUCUUGCAAUCCUCAAGAUCAGCACACUGAUGCCAUAUGCUCGGUUAAUUACAAUGCAAGUGCUAACAUGUAUGUGACGGGCAGCAAAGAUGGAUGCAUCAAACUAUGGGAUGGUGUUUCAAAUCGCUGUAUCACUACUUUUGAGAAAGCUCAUGAUGGAGCUGAAGUAUGUUCUGCCAUCUUCUCCAAGAAUUCCAAGUAUAUUCUGUCAAGUGGAAAAGACUCUGUGGCUAAGCUGUGGGAGAUAUCUACAGGGAGAACACUGGUCAAAUAUACAGGAGCUGGCUUAAGUGGACGUCAGGUUCAUAGGACCCAGGCAGUCUUCAACCACACAGAAGACUAUGUGCUUCUUCCCGAUGAAAGGACCAUCAGCCUCUGUUGCUGGGACUCAAGAACAGCUGAACGAAGGAAUCUCCUUUCCUUGGGACAUAACAGUAUUGUUCGCUGCAUCGUUCACUCACCCACCAAUCCAGGAUUCAUGACGUGCAGCGAUGACUACAGAGCUCGGUUUUGGUACCGAAGGUCAACCACGGACUAAACUUACGUUUCUGAAAUAGCUAUCUGGAUUUUAUUCUAUUUUUUCUACUUUCUCUCUCUUUUUAUUUUGAAUUUAAACAGUUUGGACUACAUUUUCUCAACAAACAAACAAAAAUCCUUACUAGAAGGAUAGUGCUAAAGUUGUGUCCAUAUGUUCAAAACGGCAGCUUAAAAUAGGCAGGUUUUUGUUUCUACCUGUACAUACCUUAAAUCCAAGUUGCACUCAGCAAUCUCUAGCCAGGCUUGGUCUUCUGUUUUUAAGAAGUCCUGGCCUCCAUUGUUUUGAUUAAGUGUGCCAUUAACUGCUGUUUGUAUGUUUUUAUUCCUUUUCCCCUUCUGGUCACCUAGCCAUGAAGUAGAUUUUGGUGCCAUUUUUUUGGGCUUUUAAAAAAUUACUGUUCUUUAGAUGAUGUAGGUCAAUUAAACUCAAAGUUCUCUGAUUAAA